GAAAGGACGUGGUAGUUGCUGCGCUUGCUUCUACCUCGUCUCGCCGCGCUACACUUCGUCUCCCUCGGAUCGUCUCGGUCGGAAGAAGCUUCGCGUAUACAGACGCUUCGAGAUUUGCGUUCGAGAAUCAGCGAACAAACACAAGAUAAAAUUAUACUUACAUUAGUUAAAUCAGUACUGUCGGUCGGACUAGCUUGCUUCUCUAGCAAUAGACAAAACGAAAUGUAUCGUGCGUUUACAACAAUUAAUAACAAUUUGUUAUUGGUCAUCUCGAUACAAAGUUGAAUAACGGCAGAUAGAAAGAACAAAGUUGACUGCGCGCGAGUAGUUUUCCAACUUGACAAAUAUCCACGUUCGCUUAACGGUAUUCCCGUAAAUAUCGAAACUUGUGACUUUCGAGUGUUAAUGUGUGUGCGAUAUUUUAUUCUGCUCGCGAAAUAAAUUUGUCUAAUCAAGGGAACAUCUUGAAUGGAAACGCUUCGACGCCUGAACUUAUCGACGAAUGUAAUUUUAAAGACACGGUAGCGUCUCUCGCGAAAAUAGCAAUACGAAGAAUGCUCUGACACGGUCAAUCUCUGCACAAUAGCGUCAUGAUGCUCGACCAUCGUCGAGGAGCAUCGUAGAAGAUCGAAUCCGAGUAUCGUGGGAAAAAAUUAAAUUGCAAGUAACAGCUCAAGAAUACGAAAAAAAUGACUUCUACGUGCGGCAAAGGCAAAACUCAUGCUAUGAUGAACUCCGGCGGUUAUUACAGACCUGGUCCUUACGCUUACCAAAGCGACUAUUAUCUGGCGCCGAGAUCCACAUGUUCCAGAGUAUCGGUAGCACGGAUGAACGAUAACGCUACAUGGAAAUUUGGCAGUGCCAUGUUAAUUAUAACUGCUAUGCUGGUGUUGGUCGCGGUUUUGGCCAUCGCCGGAUUAGCUCUGUGGAUGGGUGCUUUUCGAACAGAUUCUAGAAACGGUGAGUACUUGUAUUGUGUAAAUAUAUAUAAUAAUAUAAUAAAUCACACAAUAUUCAUGUCUUCAUGUUUCUCGAUUUCAGCAAUGAUUGGAUUCACUUGCAGCUUUAGAAUAGUUAAAGGCGAAAGAUAUAAUCCUAUGUUAAAGCUAAACACGAGCAUGGUUUUCCGAGAGAAAGAACAAAAAUUUAGAAAUAUCUUCGAGCUUCUAUUUAGGAGAAGUGUACUCGGUUCAUCUUACAAGCGAACAGCGAUAGAUAAGUUUGAGAACGGUGUCUUGAAAAUUUUCUUCAGAUUGUAUCUCGAUCGAAGGAAGAUACCUCGCUCGAUCACAAAUGUCGAAGACAUUAUCCAAGAUAUUAUUGUCAAAGAGACAUACUCAAUUUCAUCUUUGUUCAAAGAUAUGGAAUUGGAUCUCACGUCUGUGUCAGUGAAAAGAAUAAAUCAAGAAAAUGUCGUAAGUCAGAAGCAGGAACAAAAACAUGCUAUGAUCACAAAAAACGGUCUAUUACGGCCGAACAGAAAUAGCAGCUUGAUCACAAAUUCGAAGCCGAAAACAAAACCAAUCAGAACCGAUUCCAAUGAAGUAGAUAUAGAUUUUAACAACAUCCCGACCAUUCAGGGAACCUACAGAGCAACGAAAGUUAACAUUACUGCGGAAAAUAUGACGAAAGCAACAACUGAAUUAAUGGCAGAUACCAAAAGUGCUGUUAAAAGAGUGUCUUUGCAUGAAGAAACCGCUACAUCGAACAAACUUCGAACAUCGACGAGCAAACCUUCGACGUCUUUUGUAAAAUCAACGAUAGCUAUGCUCAAUGAGGAUAAAUUGAACGAAAAGCGAAAGGAUGAAAUAAAAACUACGUCACCAAGAACCACAAUUGUUCAAAGUGAUUUGAACACUUUUCAAGAUGUCCAUAAUUCUGAUUUCGAAACUUCACCAUGGAAACCAAUUAUACCGGGAUAUAUUAACACAGAAUUCAAGUUGCUGCCUAAUCAUGAUGUCACAAAAACCUCUCAGACGGAGUCGAGCACGCAGAAAAUCGUCUCCUCGACGAGCGAUAACGUGCUGCCCGAUGUUGAAAUCAGCUCAACAUCCGCGGUAUCGGCAUCAUUUUUGGAAUCCAUCAACUUUCGCGAUGUGCCUGGAAUGAAUACUUUUGACGCGGACAAUACAGGUUUUCCACGUGAUAGAAUCGUUCCAGAGAAAGAUGUAGCAAUAUCUAAACUAGAGAAUAACGAGAAGCCGGAUAUCGAAAUAGCUGGACAAUUGCCUUCAGAAACGUAUACUGUCAAGUUAAAAGCCUCGUCAACAAAACACGAUGGCAACGAUAAAGUAACCUCUAGCUUGGAAACUUCGACAACCAGAAUUUCCGAAAAUAUUUCAGUGAAUGACAAUGCAUUGUUUCAGGAAAAGCAUCGAGUCUCAAAUGCUACUCACACGCACGCACAUAAAACCGAGGAAAAACUUGAUCAAUUGUCAACGAUGAUAAUUGACAAUGUCGGAUUACGUCGCGAUGAAGAAAUUGCAAGUGAAUCGCCUACAAGCGGUAUUGGCGUAGCGGAGCCUGUGCCGGAUACGGAAAUUGAAUUGGAAGCAAAGAAUCGACGCAGCGACAUUGUGAUAUUGAGCGAGAGUGAAGAAAAGGACACCUUGCAGGACAGAAAAGUUAAUCCGCAGCAACCGAUUUAUACCAGCUACAAUACUCCUGACUUGAAUGGAGGUAUUCAUAUGUCAAGCCUAAUCGAAAAUUCUGCGACUAUGAAACCUUUUCGACACACAAUACCCGUUGACAAAAUUACGUCCGUCUUAAAUUAUAACGACAACGCUCCCGUUCGUAAUUUUGCUGAUUUGCCUGGUUCGGAUGAUGUAAGUAGCAAAGUGAAAUCAAACGCGUUGGAAAAUAAAAUCAUAACGCCGUUACUAGAUUCCGGGAGAAUCGUCGAAAUGGAAACUACUGUUACAGAGCACGACAAUGUUCAACUCCCAAGUUACGAACUGAUCGCAUCAACAGAGCCGAACGUCAUGCAAAUCACAAACGAUGAUGAACCCUCGCGCUUUAACGUUACAGAGAGUUACUUGGAGCCAAAAUUGGUCACCAAAGAGGACGGUAAAAAAAGUAUGUCGAGAAAUUCGACGUUUGUCGAAAUCGACAUUGUCAAGCACACGCCUGGUCAAUUAGAAAAGAAUUCGGAAUCAUACGCGGAUGAAGUGACGGCCAACGAUACGCAGCACAAUGCCGCGCCGCGGAAGAAAGUUUACAAUGACACCUUAAAAGCGUACGUGGUGGAAAAUUUCGUGACGCUAACACCUAUCAAGAGUAACACGGGAGUUGAAAGACUAAUACGAUCGAGACCAAAGAUUGACUCCCCCGCUGAUGAAACGACUCUUUUGGAAAGGGAAGAACUGUCACCUCUUUUUUUAUUCAGCAUGCGCAAUAAUACAGAAAAGGAGGAUAUAACAAAUAUCGAAUCUACCAUCCCCAAACAUUUCUCCUCGCAUGAGAUUCAGUUGGAUCCCGCGAGAUCCAACGAAAAGAAAUCAUCAAAUCUCAACAGUACUAUAGUCGAACAGAUAGUUGAGGUCGUGACUUCCAUCAGUACCAAAGUAUCGUCCAGCAUCAAGGGCGAUCCGGUCAUUUUAAAAUUCAUCAUCGCCAAUUCUACUCUUCCUCAUCCAAUUAGCGAGAGAACUUUGACAUCGAGCAGCGGCGUGCACGAGGCGAGUAGAUCCUUCGGGGCGGCCAUUGAAACAACGGAAAAAGUGUUGCCGUCGACUUCGAAACGGCCGUCAAAUGUGAGAACAAUGCAGAUGUCGGAUAGAAAAAUAUUGACACUCGAGGAGAACAGAGCUCUCUUGGAGAAGCUCAUGCAAUUCGCUGAAAUUAGGACGGAUAGUGACGCACAAAUCACGAGGAACAAUUUAAAUGCUAGCGCGACGUUACUACCUCAGAAUCCUAAUGCGCCGUUGAAUAUCAAUGAGUUAAAGAAGAUAGCCGACGUCGUAACUGGAAACGAGACCUUAAGGAACACGAGUUCAGGAUAUACAAUGAGUCGCGAUGGUGUGGAAAUAUUCACCAAGGUCCUUAAUAAGAUGGAAAAUCGGACAGACGAGACACACGCAAUGUCAACAAUCCGAAAAAUCAGCAAGACUUCCUCCGACGAUAAUUGCGUCGGUUUCCUAUGCGGAGACGGAAAAUGCUUAGACUCUAGCGCGAUUUGUAACAUGUUGAUGGAAUGCUCUGGCGCGGAAGACGAGGCCAAUUGCACGUGCGCCGACUUUCUCAGAGCACAGCAGUUGUAUCAGAAGAUUUGCGACGGUGUCGCGGACUGCUAUGAUUUUUCGGAUGAAAACGAUUGUGAUUGGUGCAAAGAAGGUCAAUUCGUAUGCGGCAAUAGCAAAUCGUGCAUUGACCCGGAUAAAAUUUGCAACGGUGUCAAUGAUUGUGUCGACGGGGAAGAUGAAAAAAAAUGCACUGCUCUGAUAGACGACGAGCCCGAAGAAGACACUACCGAACUACCGGAGACUGAGCGUGUCUUUGCGAAAAUUUUUCCGAAAAAUUACUCCGGAAGGGCGGCCGCGGAACUUCAUUCUGAGGAAGAAACAACUGAAUCAUCUCCUAUAAAUACAACUACAAUGUACAUCGUUCCCGACGAUAAAUCUGAAAGAUUAAUGCAUGAAAGAGGCAACUUUUCCUCAACGUUAACCGAUCAAGAAUUCACUCGGAAUGGAGAUGUCAACAAAGUCGCAGUUGUCUCCAGCAGAGAAACUUCUUCGAGCAUCUUGAGAAACGACUUGAUUCCUGAGAAUAAUUUGCACGCCAAAAGCAACCGAACUUUUCCAAUUGCAAAUGUUGUCUCUCGUGAAGAAAUCAAUAGUUACAAUGAUAAAGGAUUUCUAACAAUACGAAAGAACGGAAAGUGGGGAAAGGUUUGUUUAAGUGGCAUAAAUAAUUUUUCUGAGGAGAAACGACCUACAUUGUCUAUCGAGGAUUUAGCGCGAUCCGCUUGCAAAGCUAUCACGUAUCAAGAUUACGAAACGGCGGAAAAAGUGCUGGACCACAAGUCACCGAAUAAUUUUUAUUAUACUUUGUUAUACAAUGACAAGUCAUCGGAUAGAACAGCUCUGUCCUUUAAAGAGUCCGAUUCCUGUCCGAGUGGCGAGAUUCUGAAAGUACAGUGUAAAAAUUUUGAGUGCGGAAUAAGGACUCAGGCAACUUCGACGGCAAGGAUUGUUGGCGGCGCUAGUAGCUCUAUAGGCAACUGGCCGUGGCAAAUUGCCUUGUACAAGCAAGGAAAGUACCAAUGCGGCGGAGCGCUGAUCAACGAACGCUGGGUCAUUUCAGCCGCCCACUGCUUUUACCGCGCGGAGGAUGGCUACUGGGUCGCGAGAAUCGGUGCGACUCGUAAAGGAAGUUUUCGCAGUCCGCACGAGCAGUUGUUGCGAGUGGAUUACAUAUCGUUACAUCCGGAUUACGUCGAUAAUGGCUUUGUGAACGACAUAGCUGUGGUGAGACUCGAAAGAGCAGUCAUCUUUAGCGAUCAUAUUAGACCAGUUUGUCUUCCUACGGCACCCGUCAAUUCGGGUACAAUAUGCUUCGUGACCGGCUGGGGUCAAACCAACGAGUUCAAUCGAGUGUUUCCUGAUACUUUGCAAGAAGUACAAUUGCCAGUGAUAUCGACAGAAGAUUGUCGACGAAAGACUUUGUUCUUGCCACUUUAUAGAAUUACGUCAGGCAUGCUUUGCGCGGGAUUUGAAAACGGUGGGAAAGAUGCUUGCUUAGGUGAUAGUGGUGGUCCUUUAGUAUGUUUGGCAUCUUCAUUCGAAAGUCGUUAUGUAUUGCAAGGAAUUACAUCUAACGGCUACGGGUGCGGUAGACGAGAACGGCCGGGCGUGUACACGAAGAUCCAUCACUUUCUCAAUUACAUCGAUCGUGUCGUCACGCAAAAAGACAUCCAACCUUCCGCAGCAAAAGUCUGCAAAGGCUACAGAUGCCCUCUCGGCGAAUGUUUGCCCAAGUCUCACAUCUGUAACGGAUUUCUAGAAUGCUCCGAUGGUAGCGACGAGCGAGAUUGUCCCAUGACUUCGCAAUAAUAUAAGACUGAUACAUCAAAAAUGUGAAUGCGAUUUAUUUAGACAAUACUAGCAAUUCGAUAAAUACGUAUAAUGUUAUCGAUAAGCGACGAUAAGUGGCG